GAGUUCAAACCUCUGCUCUACAGUAGAGCUAAGAACGGCUCUAAUCAAGGGCCUAGUCUAACGGCCAGUGCGAAAGGAUGCCAUCCGUCGAUGAUGCUAUCUUCACCCGCGUCCGUCUCUCUCAGAUUUGUUGGCUCUCUACUUCUCUCCUACGAACGAAAGAAAACCAACGAAACCAAAGAACGACGGGAAAGAAAAAAAAAGAUAGAAAGGGAAACCGGUCAAGACGCGAGCAAGAAGCCAGAGCUAUCAAGAGGCUUGGUCGGAUGUGGCUGAUGUGUCAGGUAUCUCGAACGACCCCACGACCCACCGACUUCAGGCGGGACUUGAUUAUCAUAACUGCGUGUUGCUUGCUUGUCGCAAUCAGGUUCUCCGUCAAGUUUCUCCACUAUCACUUAACCCGAAGACUCAUUGCAUGAAGGACGUGUGAAUCAGGGCCUGGAGAUCUAUCCAAAGGUUGCUUUAUCAACCCAUUGCCCUAGUACUUCAAGAUAGCAAUGAGGCCUAAGCAUUUGUGUUGGUGGGCGGUGGGUAUCAUAUUAGCGACAUGGUGCGUCGAAAACUCGUCCCAAGAUGGGUUCGAUACCAGCUUCUUCACCCAAGACGACGAAUACAACCACGAGCAACAAAAUGGCCAGGCUCGGGUGUUCACCUCAUUCAUUUUCCCGUUCUUUCGCCAAUACCAGACCAUCGACAUUGGCAACAAUCUGAACAAUCUGAAAUCGCCCAAUACCGUGGCAUUUUUCGUCAUCCGUGAUGCAAUUGCGUAUUUGGCCUUGGUCACCACGUGGAUCGUGAUGCACACGAUCUUCUGGAAUGGGCGACUUCGCGAAAGUCAAGUUGAUCAGGUUCCACUUUUCAUUCGUCUGGGAUCCGGCUUUAUCAACAGGGGCAAAUUUGCCUCCGACUCUCUCUUUGGGCGGAAAGAGGGAGAUUUCCCCGAGGACAUUGAUUUCUACGAAGAGGAUGAUGAGUUUCAGACCAAGUUUGGCCAAUACCAGGAUCCCGCCGAGGACAAGUUGAUUACGGCCUCUUUGAACGAGAUUAGUGCCAAUGCUAUUUUCAACUUCUUCUCGGAUCCUAAUCCUUCGUUCAGGAAUCUUAUCAUGAACAGCGGUUUCCUGGCCUUUCAACUCGUAUUGUGGUUCCUCCCUACAUUCUUCUGGCCUGGAACGCCCCUGCCUACACCCCAAAACAUGAAUACGACCAUUAAUAGCCCUGGCGAGGGUCUCGGGGUGGAGAAUCCCAUUGGAGAGAAUCGUAUUGGAGUGGGCGUGCCCAUUGCUGAGAACCGUGUGGGAGCCCUCGUCCACAACCUCGGAGUAGCUUCGCCUGUGUCAGUUUAUAACCGAUUACUUUGCCCGCAAUGCUUCGUUCAAACCAUUUCAAUUGCUUCACUUCUAUACCUAGGAAAACUGUUCUGGUGGUGGUGGUUCAGUUCCAUUCCGGAUUUCCAAAGGUUUUCCAUCCGACCACGAGAACGAUCGAUGCCGCGGAGCUUCAAUGGUGAAAGGAAGAAAAAACGUGACGACGAUGACUUAUGGAGGUGGUCUGACAUGGCUUUGGAAUCGCUGUAUAAAGUGGUCCAAUUUUCAGAGCUUCGGAUGCGACAAAUCGCCCUUGAUUUGAGCUAAUACCAAGAUAAUUGUAUAAGAUAAUUGUCAAUAUACGUAGGUUUAUCAAAAUAGAUUUCCCUUUUCUAAGUGUG